ACGCGUUAUUUCCUCAAACGUCGACGUGGAACCGGCUUCAAGCCUUCAACUGAGUCUCUUCUCCGUGAUAACAUUAAUUCUCUCAGCUGCGGUUGCACAUCGAAGUUGCAAGAGCCAUGAAUAGCUCGCUUUCUAAUUCGGCUUGCGGCACACCGGCUUUGCCGUCGUGUAAGGUUCACCAUCAUCGAAACCAUUCCGAUAUAUUUAGCAUGAGUCGUACUUGUUAAAAGGGUUUCACGAGGUAUCGGUUCUCUCACUUGAAUCUUCAGAGAUCCACUGGUCUAGAUACGUCCAAGCAGCUAUCUGAAUCUAUUUGAUUCAAGUCAGGCCAAGUCUUGAACUAUGGCGAAUUCCAGACUGGCUCCUCCGCUUGACGGUUCACUGAUUCCCAUCCCUGGAUUCAUUGACUUCCAAGCGGAACACAACCCAAACUUACCCUGGGCGGUGUUCCCUUCGGCAGAACGCACUGGCGACAUAGAUUCGAUAUCUUUCCUCGAGUUCGCAGAAGCAACCCAUCGUAUAGCUCAUGCUGCCCGACCUAGCAGACAUGGCGAUGAUGGAGAGAUUAUCGCAAUCCUAGUAAACUGCGAUAUAGUCCUGUAUGUCGCACUAGUUGCUGGACUGAUGCGAGCAGGCAUUAUGGUAGCCCUUCCCAAUGUCACCGAGGAACUCGCCUGAAGCUAUCUGUAACAUGCUCCAUAAAACAGGCUGUCGCCGUAUCAUCACUCAACCUUCCGUUUCAUCUCUGGUCAUUACCCUCAAAGAUCAAAUGAGCUCUAAGGGUCACACAAUCCGGGUUGACGACCUCCUUGCAUUACGCACAGUUUUUCCAGGUCUUCAACGUGGGACCACUACGAUUACUGACACCGUAGAACCGUACCCGCCCAGCUCCCGACAGGUCCAACCUGAUGACAUUGUCCUAUACAUUCAUUCUUCAGGAUCAACCGGAUUUCCGAAGCCUAUUCCUCAAACGCAGAAGAUCACCUUACAAUGGUGCAUGACUCGUGAGCUUCCUUCCACCCCCGCAGUCCCAGAAGGAGAGUCAUACAAUGCACGUCCAGCUACUAUUAUGGCACAUCGAGACCGCGGUUUGCGUUCUGCGGCCAUGAUAUCCCCCACAUUCCAUCUUAUGGGGCUUUACUCCCAACUCUACAAUCCCCUAGCGUCGAGUCACGCUAUAGCUGUAUUCACACCACAAGAUCCUUUGCCAUCUCCUAUUCCGAAUGCGCAGAACACGUUAGAGGUUGCCCAACUCACCAAAUGCAACACUUUGAGUGUCGUCCCAUCGUUCCUGGAACAAUGGUCGCAUUCUCCAGAAGCCAUAGAAUAUCUGAAGUCCCUGAAGCUUGUUAGAUAUGCCGGUGGUCCGCUCUCUACUGCUACUGGAGACAAACUAGUAGCCGCUGGCGUUAAACUUACGUCUGUGUACGGCGGGACCGAAUUUGGUGCACUCACAUUGAUGUUCGAUACCGACGACUCCCAAGGUCCAGAAGCACCAGUGAAAACCAGCGCGGAUUGGGCAUGGAUGCAAUUCUCCGAUCAAGUCAAGUGUCGAUGGAUAGACCAGGGCGACGGAACAUAUGAACUUCAAUUCUUGACCUGCGAUACGCAUCAGCCCGCUGUGGAGAACCUUCCUGAUGUACGAGGAUAUGCUACAGCAGAUCUUUUUGAACCACAUCCCACAAAGAAGGGUCUGUGGCGUCCGGUUGGCCGGCUAGACGAUGUCAUUGUCCUCGGAACUGGCGAGAAGAUUGUUCCCAUACCUCAGGAAGGACAUAUCGGCUCGCUUUCAUAUGUGUCUGGUGCGGUCAUGUUUGGGCGGGAAAAAACCCAAGCUGGGAUCAUCAUUGAACUUCGUCAAGGCUUUGCCUUCGACCCCAAUGAUGAGCAGGUGCUUGUGGCAUUCAGGAACAAGAUAUGGCCGCAUGUCGAGGAAGCCAACAAACUAGCGCCGACAUUUGCAAGGAUAUUCAAGGAGAUGAUCAUCGUCACAGACCCUGCUCGGCCCAUGGCACGCGCUGGUAAGGGUACAGUACAGCGUAAGAUAGUGUUAAGGGAAUAUGCGAACGAGAUUGAGAAACUUUAUCAGACUGUUGAGGAGAGCGCAGAUGCUAAAGGAAUCGCACCUCCGAAGGAGUGGACUACUGACGAAGUGCAGUCCUGGCUUUCGGAUCUUGGCGCAUCAAUCAACGAGGAGAAGCGACUCAUCCCCAAUCUCGACUUCUUUGAGCAAGGCUUCGAUAGCUUGAGUGCCACUUUCCUACGUAAUCGGAUUAUAGCCGCUUUACGAACAUCCCCUUUUCCCUCCGCCCAACGAGCUGCUGUACAUGUCGCACAAGACUUCGUGUUUGCACAUCCCACUAUCGAAUCGCUUACACAAGGUGUCCUCCAUCUCGUUGGCUCCAUUGAAGGACGCCAAUCGUCCCGCAGAGCCGACAUUCAAACCCUUAUUGACAAGUAUACCCCGAAAUUCCCAGAAGAUGCGACCACAGAACCUUUUGAAGGGGCAGAGGAGGCCGUUGUGGUUCUAACAGGAUCGUCAGGACAUCUCGGCUCACAUAUCCUUGCUUCUUUACUUCAGCAAGACAAGGUGGCCAAAGUUUAUACCUUCAAUCGUGGAAAUGAUGUUGUCGAGAAACAACGGAACGCAUUCCAAAACAGAGGACUUCCGGUGUCCCUGCUACAGGAUAAGCGGCUUGUUCAAUUACCAACAGACCUCAGCGUGAGUAGUCUCGGCUUGUCGCCUGAUAUCCUCCAUGAGAUCAAGAGAACGGCUACCCAUGUUAUCCACAAUGCAUGGAGGGUGAAUUUCAACCUCUCACUGACUUCGUUCGAGAGUGACAUUGCCAUCACACAUAAUCUCCUCAAGUUUGCUUUAACUUUCUUCCAUUAUACCCAUUUCGUCUUUACGUCUUCUAUCGCUGUCACAUCUGGAUGGGAUUCUCAUCAAGGCGUAAUUCCCGAAUCUGUUCUGAACCGCGCAGAUGUGUUAGAGAAGAUUGGAAACGGAUAUGCAGGAGCAAAAUACGUAGUCGAACAUAUUCUUGCUAGACUUGAUCGUACUGGUGCACUCAGAGCAACAUCAGUCCGAAUUGGACAACUUUCAGGAUCUACGACAACCGGAGCAUGGAAUGCUACCGAAUGGGUGCCUAGUCUCGUCAAAUCAAGCCUUGUCCUGGGGUGCCUCCCUACUCGAGUCGAGAACGUCUCUUGGAUCCCGGUUGAUGUCGUUGCAUCCGCUGUUGUUGAAAUAACGCAUUCGUCGUCAGCCACUUCGGAUGUUCUUAAUAUCGUUCAUCCACAACCCGUCCCAUGGAAUAACGUGUUCUCCGAUAUUGCUAAGACUCUGGGUUCAAUGUCAGGCCAACCAGUGCAGUUAGUACCAUAUGCGGAUUGGCUUGCCAAACUUGAGCAGUAUAGUACGAGCCCGACACAAAGUGAUUUAGAUGCAAUGGUACGUAUCAUUACUCCUACCCUGUUUUUGCAUUCAUCGCGGUCAUCUUUCUUCAGCCUGGACUGAAGAUCCUUCAAUUCCUUCGUGCCUUGAAUGUGGACAAAACGAAUGUCAAUGGACAAACCAAUCCUAUCCACUUUUCGACUGCCAGGGCUCAGGCUCAAAGCCCGGCAUUGCGAAGUGUCUCAAUUCUUGGUGCUGCUCACGUUGGGCUCUGGCUGUCUUAUUGGAAGGACAUUGGAUUUCUCAUUUUACACUCCAAGCGAGCAUUAUAUUAAUAUGAAAUCCUAUCUUCGUCCAAGCUCUACCAUAGAGGUGCAGAAAAUGUAGUUGUAUUAGUAAGUGAAGUUUAUGUACUACUACCAUCCGGAAUACAACUUUGUAUCAUCAGAUCUACUAGUAAAAAGUUUCAACGAUUCAGGCUCGACCUCUCGAAAGGCAACGCUCGAAUUGCCCAGUUGCUGUACCAUGCCUUGAUCAUUGAUUGUAAAUGCAGGCUUAUGUCGUUGUGGG